GCUGCCGCUGCCUGCGGUUUGCUGCCCUGAGGGUUCCGCGUUGGGACGCGAUGUCUCUGCAAGGGGCGGUAGGGGCUGCGGAGUUGGUUUUCUAUGUCAAUGGCAGAAAGAUAAUAGAGAAAAAUGCCGAUCCUGAACAGAUGCUGCUGUUUUAUCUGCGAAAGAGACUCCGUCUUACAGGAACUAAGUAUGGCUGUGGAGGAGGUGGCUGUGGUGCCUGCACUGUGAUGAUAUCAACUUACGAGCCAGCUGCAAAGAAGAUACGACACUACUCAGCAAAUGCAUGCUUGCUUCCCAUUUGCUCCUUGCAUGGUAUGGCAGUCACCACAGUGGAAGGUGUUGGAAAUACAAGAACCAGAAUUCAUCCAGUUCAGGAAAGGCUUGCUAAGUGCCAUGGCUCCCAGUGUGGUUUCUGUACCCCUGGAAUGGUGAUGUCCAUAUACACUUUGUUAAGAAACCACCCAGAACCAACUUAUGAGCAGAUGACUGCAGCUCUGGCUGGGAACUUGUGCCGCUGUACUGGAUACAGGCCCAUCCUAGAUGCCUGUAAAACCUUUUGUAAGGAUUCUGUUUGUUGUCAAAGUAAAGCAAAUGGGAGUUGUUGCUUGGAUCAAGAAGAGGAUUUAUUUGACAGAAAAGAGAAGGAAUCUGCCAGACUGUUUUCACCAGAUGAAUUCCAGCCCUUAGAUCCCACUCAAGAGUUUAUAUUUCCUCCAGAACUAAUGAGAAUGGCUGAAAAUCAACCGAAAAGGACUCUGGUUUUUCAUGGGGAACGAAUGAUGUGGAUUUCUCCUGUAACCUUAGAUGAAUUACAGGAUCUGAAAGCUGCCCACCCCAAAGCACCUCUCGUUGUUGGAAACACUGGUGUGGGACCUGAUAUGAAAUUUAGAGGCGUGUUCCAUCCAGUUGUCAUUGCUCCUGCCAGGAUCCCAGAUCUGAAUGUGGUGAAAUGCAUGAGCGAUGGAUUAACUAUAGGAGCUGCCUGCAGCCUGUCUCUAAUGAAAGACGUCUUGAGAAAUGCAGUUUUGGAGUUACCUGAAGAGAAGACAAAGAUUUUCUAUGCGGUCUUGCAGCAGUUAAGAACACUGGGUGGAGAGCAGAUAAGAAAUGUUGCUUCAUUAGGUGGAAACAUUGUAAGUCGAAAAUCAACCUCAGACUUGAACCCUAUUCUGGCAGCUGGCAAUUGUAUGCUUAAUCUGGCUUCGCAAGGAGGAAAGAGAUGGAUUCCUUUGAGUGAUAUUUUUGCAAAUGGAGUUGGUAACAAUGCUAUUAUGCCGGAAGAGGUUUUAGUCUCUGUCCGUAUUCCCCAUUCUAGGAAGGGAGAGUAUAUCUCUGCAUUUAGACAAGCACCUAGAAGAGAAAAUGCUCUCCCAAUAAUUAGUGCUGGAAUGAGAGUCCUUUUUGAAGAAGGUACAGACAAAAUAAAGGAUUUGAGCAUUUUCUAUGGAGGUGCUGCUUCAACAACAAUCUGUGCAAAGCAAACCUGUCAGACUCUUGUUGGAAGAUACUGGAAUGAAGAGAUGUUGGAUGAAGCUUCCAGGCUAAUCCUCAAUGAAAUAGUUCUCCCGGACUCAGCCUGGGAUGGGAAAGUAGAAUAUAAAAAAAUGUUGAUAGUUAGUUUCUUCUACAAAUUUUUCCUGGAAGUAUUACAGUCCUUGAAGACAAUGGACCCUUGUCGCUAUCCUGGCAUACCUGUGGAAUAUGAGAGUGUUCUAGAAAACUUCCAAACCAAAAUGCCCCAGAGUAUCCAAAUGUACCAGAAUGUAGAGCUGAGUCAGUCUCCCCAGGAUCCUGUAGGACGGCCUAUUAUGCACCAGUCUGGAAUUAAGCAUGCCACUGGUGAAGCAGUUUACAUUGAUGAUAUUCCUUCUGUCGAUGGAGAGCUCUUCCUGGCUGUUGUCACUAGUUCCAGAGCUCAUGCUAAGAUUAUAGCUGUAGAUACCUCAGAGGCUCUGAAGGAACCAGGUGUGUUUGAUGUCAUAACAGCUAAUGAUGUACCAGCUACAAAUGAGUUUCACUACUCUGAUGAUCCAGAGAUUAUAUUUGCAAGAAACAAGGUAAUUUGUGUUGGUCAGAUUGUAUGUGCUGUAGCUGCAGAUUCAUAUGCUCAUGCCAAACAAGCUGCUGCAAAAGUGAAGAUAGAGUAUGAAGCGCUGGAACCUGUGAUCUUGACAAUUGAGGAUGCUAUAAAGCACAAUUCAUUCUUUGAGCCAAAAAGAAAAUUAGAACGUGGAGAUGUUGAUAAGGCAUUUGAAACUGUUGAUCAUAUACUUGAAGGGGAGAUGCACAUUGGGGGACAGGAACACUUUUAUAUGGAGACUCAGAGUGUCCUUGCUAUUCCAAAAGGAGAGGAUAAAGAAAUGGAUGUGUUUGUUUCAACACAACAUCCAGCAUUUAUCCAGGAGAUGGUAGCUGCAAGUCUAGGCGUUCCAGCAAACAGGAUCAUGUGCCAUGUUAAACGAGUUGGUGGAGCUUUUGGUGGGAAACUCCUGAAAGCUGGUUUACUGGCAUCACUUGCUUCAGUGGCAGCAAACAAAACCAACAGAGCAGUUCGUCUUAUUCUGAGCCGGGGAGAUGAUAUGUUGAUCACUGGUGGCCGACAUCCUUUUAUUAGCAAAUACAAAGUUGGCUUCAUGAAUGAUGGUAGAAUCAGAGCUGUGGAUGCCAGAUAUUACAUUAAUGGUGGAUGCACCCCUGAUGAAUCUGUCCUGGUAGCAGAAGUGUCCUUAUUAAAAAUGGACAAUGCGUAUAAGAUUCCCAACUUGAGGUGCUGGGCUUCUGCUUGCAAAACAAACUUGCCAUCAAACACAGCAUUUCGAGGGUUUGGUUUUCCUCAGUCAGGACUGGUGACAGAAACUUGGGUAACAGGAGUUGCAGAGAAAACAGGUUUAUCACCAGAAAAGGUUAGGGAAAUAAAUAUGUAUAAGGAGGAUGAGCAAACACACUUCAAACAAAAACUUGAUCCACAAAACUUAGUACGUUGUUGGAAUGAAUGUUUGGAGAAAUCUGCAUACUACAGUAGGAAAACGGCUAUCGAGGAAUUUAACAAACAAAAUUACUGGAAGAAAAAAGGCAUUGCCAUUGUUCCAAUGAAGUUUCCAUUUGGACUAGGCUCACGUUACCUUUCUCAGGCUGCUGCUCUGGUUCAUAUUUAUACAGAUGGAUCUGUGCUUUUGACACAUGGUGGGAUUGAACUGGGACAGGGUAUUCAUACAAAAAUGAUCCAGGUUGCUAGUCGGGAAUUAAACAUCCCAAUGUCAUAUAUUCACUUCUGUGAAACAAGCACAACAACUGUUCCUAAUGCGUGUGCUUCAGCAGGAUCUGCAGGGACAGAUGUCAAUGGCAUGGCUGUGAAGGAUGCUUGCCAAACUCUUCUGAAACGCCUGCAGCCUAUCAUUAACAAGAACCCAAAAGGCAACUGGAACGAUUGGAUUAAAGAAGCCUUUGAACAAAGUGUGAGUCUUUCAGCUACUGGCUGCUUCAGAGGCUAUGAUGAAAAUAUGGACUGGGAGAAAGGGGAAGGACAGCCAUUCACGUACUUUCUUUAUGGAGCUGCUUGUUCAGAGGUUGAAAUUAACUGUUUAACGGGAGAUCACAAGAACCUCAGAACAGACAUAGUUAUGGACAUUGGAUGCAGCAUAAAUCCAGCUGUGGAUAUAGGACAGAUUGAAGGUGCCUUUGUUCAAGGCAUUGGACUUUACACAAUGGAAGAAUUGAAGUACUCUCCAGAAGGAGUCCUGCGUACUCGGGGUCCAGAUCAGUAUAAGAUCCCUGCUGUUUGUGAUAUUCCAGAACAGUUUAAUGUUUCCCUGCUGUCAUCUUCCCAAAAUCCGUAUGCCAUCUAUUCAUCCAAGGGGACAGGUGAGGCAGGACUUUUCUUGGGAUGCUCUGUGUUCUUCGCAUUGAGGGAUGCAAUAACUCGUGUGAGGAAUGAAAGAGGACUAAAAAAGACCUUCGCCCUGAACAGCCCUCUGACUGCUGAACAAAUACGAGCAGCCUGCACAGAUGACUUUACAAAGAUGGUAAUAGGUAGGUGGGGGGGUGAUCUGUUUAAUUAUGUCUGAGUAAAUGUAACAAAAUAAGCUUUUGGCAUCCCUGAGUGGUGAGGUGCCUAAUGAUGUUCCGGCUGGGAAUGCGUUAUAUAGAGCAAUACCAUAGAGCCCUUUCUACUGAAGGCUCCUUCAAAGCUGAAAUAUCUGGUAACAGGUCCCACACAACUAAGUUAUUCCAGAAAAUUCAUUUCAAGCAUUGUUCUGGAAUUAUCUGAUUUUGAAUAAUCUUUCUUUCCCUUUAAAACAUUUUUUUUUUUCCCCCUUCUCUUCCUGAAGCCUCCUCUUCUCUUCUGCAUGGCAAAUUCCAUAGCCAUUCCUUAAAUAACAUGUAUUACCAGUGUGUGCUAAAUAGUAGAUCAGUCUCUGAGCGGUUCCAUCCUCCUUCGAAGUUUCCCACCAACUUCACUCUGGCACUGUUACUUCUUUGUGGUACUCCUUGCUAUGUCCAGAGCUCUGUUGGAGAAAAGAGAGCUAACAAAAGAAUACAGAAGAAAAACAAAUGAAGUGAUACACUUCCAAUAAUUCUAACCCUUCAGAUUCACUGUUUUCUGCAGCUGUUCACUGUUAUCUUAUUCCCACUGCUAUGGCCCACUGCUAUUCUUUUUCUACUUAGAUAUAGAUUUAGUCUAUAAAAUCUGUGAAGCAAAGUUCUGGCCAGUCUAUGCUUUGGCACAUCCAGGCUGUGCCCCAAACCUUUGCGGCUUUGGCACAGAAACUUCUGAGCUCUCGCUUACAAAUUACUUUUCUUUGGUUGUGGUAGAUGUCACUGACCCCAAAAUCAGUAGGUAUAUGGACUUACUAUCAUUACAAGAAUUUGAAGGAGGUGAGGUCCACAAAUGCAGAAACUAUGCUUCUAAGUCCCUGUUUCAUCCUGAGCUCAGUUUUACCUUCCUUCUAGACAUCAUCUCUAGGUAUCUCCUGUGGAACACCCUGCUGGGCAACUUAAAGGCACCUGAUAAGGACAAUAUUCAGAGUUUGUCAGUCAAAUAA